AUGUGUGUCAUCGACUCAACCACCUGCUCAUGCUCUCACGUCGAGAACAUCUACGCCGUUGAGUGCGGCACCGCAGGAAAUAGAUGCGCAAAGCAAAUUAACCACAGCAUAUCCGGCUCAGCAUGUCGAAAAUGUUUGGCAAACGUCGCGACAGAAGAGCGUAGAAUUGUAAUUGCCGACUUUUACGAUAACGUAAAGUUCUAUCUGACAAAUGCUCUCAAGAUAACCGACAAGUUUGAUCACGACGUGUUGGCGCCUCAGGUCCAGGAAAUCGUCAAAACCAUGGAGGAACAGAAGGCUUUCGCCCUGUUGGAGCUAGAGUUGAAGAUUGCGUGUGAGGCUCAGAAGAAGAAGGAGUAUCAUGAUGAUCCAUCUGUAUGGUUUUAG